CGUACAGGUUACAGUUCAUACAAACAUGGGCUUUCAACUAGAAUUGAAGGAACAUGAUACAAAAUAAGGUUUCACUACAUAUGAACAUCUACCAUAUACAUGAAGAACAAUUCGAAUAUGGGUUAUACUUUACUUGCUUGCACAUCAGUUGUAUGUCUAAUGCUGCUAUCAGCUGUGCAUGUAUAUAAAGAGAAAAGCAAGUUGCCUCUGGUGACCCCAAGCCCAAUAGCAAUGACCAACAACCCAAUUUAUGUUUCGGUCAACAGCCCUUAUGGCACUGUUGAUUUAGUUAAAGCCAUCAACCAGCACAAUGAGGACACAACUACCACACAACUGAAGAUGUUACGUGAGAAGUACCUUGAUCUUAUGAAGACUGUAAUAACUGGUAUGAACUGCCUCAGUGCAAAAGAACUACAGGAAUCAAACCCUCGUAAAUUGGACAAUGCCUGGACGGAACGACUUUCUCUAAUAGGAAUCUCUGGAUUGAGAAAUAUCCAGGAACUUUUGGAAAAUGUUAUCUCCAAUGAUAUUCCUGGAGAUUUUCUCGAGGCGGGUGUAUGGAGGGGCGGAGGUAGCAUAUUCGCAAAGGCUGUCAUCAAUAGCUACAACCAAUCACAUGACAGAAAAGUCUGGCUGUGUGAUUCAUUUCAAGGUUUACCAAAAUCCACAAACAAAAAAGACAAUGAUUAUUUUUCCAGCCUAAAGUGGAUCAAAAUCUCAGAGGAUAUAGUUAAACAGAAUUUUAGAAGAUUUUCUCUGUUAGAUGACACAGUACAUUUUGUUAAAGGUUGGUUUGUGUACUCCCUACCCUGUAUAAGGAACAAAAUCAAGCAUAUUUCGGUGCUCAGAAUGGAUGGAGAUAUGUAUGAGAGUUUAACAGACACAUUUUACAACCUUUAUGAUUUGGUACCAAUUGGUGGAUAUAUCAUAAUCGAUGACUGGAAUAUACCAGAAGCAAGAAAAGCUGUUACAGAAUUUCGGAGAAUGCAUCAGAUAGAAUCAAAACUAACUGUAUUCAGGUACAACAUUUCAGCCUAUUGGAAAGUUGAGAAGAAGGUGCAGUUGAAUAUGCCAUGGUACACAAACUUUGUGAACUCACGUAAAUUGUACAGAAAUGAAAAGUUGAGUACAUGCUGAUCCUGAGAUCUACUGAUUUGAUAAUAUUGCAAAUGUAAUAGAAAUGGGCUACUUAACGUAUAUUUCUUUAUAAAAUCAAUUCACAAUUAUAAUUCUUACCUAAUACAGUAAACUUUCUCAGUGUGGCCUGAUAGAAUUUGAUCAGGUUCGGUUAGCGUCUCCGUCACCCCUUCCUCGGGCAGCCACCAAAUUCUAAUCUUUGCGUCCUCACAGCCGACGGCAAGCUCUGUGUUAUCAAAAGGAUUCAACACAAAAUCAGACACUGAGCUAGUGUUUUCUACGACAGGUACUCCUGUAUCUGGUAGUCUUCCAGGCUUGUUUAACUGAAACAAUUGUUUAACAGGUCAAAAUUUUAAUGUUUCACAAGUAAUUUUUUGCGGAUUAUACUCCCUCUCUCCCUACUCCCGUUGAAAUGACUCAAGAACAUUCAAAUAACAUAACUGUGAAAUGAAAUUUAUUUUAAGCAAAUAAAAGUACCAUUGCACUCAUACCACUGUUACCUUUAACAGGCCAAAAUAUUAAUAUGUACAUGUAUUUGUAAAAAUGAAGUUAUUUCUUGUGUGACUGAUA